AUGUCUCAAGAAUGCAAUCUCCUCUUCGUUAAGCUCUACGUUGCACAUGCCAAUCGAACGAUAACUGACCGUAUCAGAGACGACAAACUUGAUGAGAUAUCCAGAGCCAAGAUUGAAAUGGAGGUCCUGGAGGAGGUUGAGAAAGGGAAAUUUCCUUUUGAAAACUCGAAUGGGCUGGAUGUGCAUGACGCUAUCAAACGUCUCGACGUAAUUGUAUCUCUUGAUGAUGAUCUUAUCUCACCGCCACCACCAUCCACUUCCCCUGAACCACUCUCACCAUCUUCCUCUUCACCAUCUCCUUCUACGACAGCUUCCGGAAGCCCGGAGCCCGGAGCCGUGAAAGAACCAUCGGACUCAGAGUCGUCUCCAGAAGUUGUAGUUCCAUCUAUCGAAACUGUAAUUCCUGAGGUCCUUCCAAGCCCUCCAAAGCGUCGAUUAACUCGUCAAGCCCCUCCUGCAAAAAAGGCUCCCGCAGGUGUUAGCAAGCGUCGUGCUCCCGCAAAGGAAAAGCAAAUUCCAGCUGCAACCGCAGAAUUGGAAAAGUCAGCUUCCUCCACCGAGCCAGAGAGACCGACUGCUGGAGGCAAAACUGUUUCAUUUGCCCCGGAUCCCGUAUCUGAUGAAGAGGUGGCAUCUUCAGUUAACUCACUGUUUGGGAACGUUGAAACACCUCCUGAAGUUCAAACCCCAAAAAAGCGCAGAACUCCGCGUGUCCGCGGUAAAGGUGCUAAGCAAACGACCACAACGCGUCAAACUCGAGCUUCUUCCAGAGCAUCCGCUAGUGGUAAAGCUCCAGCUGCUCCAGCUCCAGGAGUAGGGAAGGGAAAAGAAAAGGGCAAGGACUCCUAG